AUGGAACACGUACGUGCGCAGCAGAGAGCCUCUGAGCGGAGCUUUCCGGACUUUCUUCUGUUCGUCCAGUUUCCGGAGCUCCCGCUCGAUUCUCCUGUGGUCCUCCUGGACGGGGUCCGUCCCCUCCAGCUCCGCCUUCAGGCAGGCCUUCUUCUUAUGUCUCUCUUUGUCCAGGGUCCUCAGUCGGUACAGAGCGUGGCCCAUGUAGACGAGAGAAGGGGAGGACACGAAGAUGAUCUGCAGGACCCAGUAGCGGAUGAGGGAGAUGGGGAAGGCCUGGUCGUAGCACACGUUUUUGCAGCCGGGCUGCUCUGUGUUGCACACGAACUCGCUCUGCUCGUCAUCCCACACGUCCUCCGCCGCAACGCCCAGCACCAGCAUCCGGAAAAUGAAGAGGAUGAUACAAGGAAAUGUGCUCUUUACAUGGUGGGCAUCAUGUCCAAACAGGGCGGGAUGGGCACUACUUCUUCAUCCCUUAAAGAAAAGGAGCCCUUGGCUCUGCUGGUCACAGGGCUAUGGCCAGGAGCUCCUGUCAUGGUCCUCUUGGGGCAGCGCACUGUGGAGAGUCAGGGCUCCAUCUUCUCCUGCCUCUUGAAAAGCUUCAUGAGCUGGUUUUUGGCCGACAGGCUGCUGGGCGACAGCCCCGCGGGGCUGGACAGGGGCUCCUCCUGCUCCAUCCCAGAGGAACACUCUGGGCUGUCCUCCUCCUCUCUGGCCAUCUUGACCUGCACUCUGUCUGGGAGCUUCUUGCGUUUCCUGCUGCGCUCAGGCCUUUUGUCUGGACAGCUGCCGGCCGGGUCUGACCAGCGGGGACUUCCUGAUUCCCGAGUGCAGCUUAAGCUGUCCUCUGCCGUCAGCGUGGCGUCCGGGUCGGCGCUGGCCUGUCGGAUCUUCACUAUGAAGUGGUCAUUGGACCUCUCCAUCACCAGGGCCUGCAUGGGCACGUCAGGCUUGAACAGGAAGGAGGUGGGAGGGGCUUCUGAGGCCCCACUGCUGAUGGAGCCACGGCUGGAGUUAUCCGUGUCCAGAGCCAGGUGGAUGUCCUGCUCGGUGGCGUCCUCCCCGUCCAUCAGGGCGUCCUCACUGAUGUGGGCGCUGAGCACGCUGUCUGGAGUGGACAGGGGCUGCGUGCCCACCGGCUGGAGGAAGCUCAGGUGGCUGUCGGACUUCAGAGGAGACGGGAUGGUGAGGGACACGGCCAGAUCCUCAGCAAGAAUGGAGUAG